AUGGUGCACUGUGUUGCAUUUGGGUGCAACAACAAAAGUGAUGAUGGAACAAAAGGGUUCUUCCUCUUUCCGAAGGACGAGAAUUUACGUCAAAAAUGGACGAAUAGUUUGAAUUCUCUGAGAAGUGUUGAUGGGAAGUUAGUUCUGUUUGUGCCAAGUAAGACCUCUCGUGUAUGUCUAAGACAUUUUACUGAUGACAGUCUUUUUCAUUCGCCAAGUGUUAUGAAAUCAGUUGGGUUGACACUAAAGCUACAAUUAGUGAAAGGGGCAGUGCCAACUUUUUUUCCAGAGACAGUUUCCUACAAGGAAAACAGGAAACCAGUUUCCAACUGUCUCGGUCCAGCAAAGAGAAUAAGGACCACCUAUGGUGCCUUCGAGAAAAGGAACAGUAAAGCAGUAAGCAUGUAA